GCUUUAACUUUUACAAAUUUCUUUCAUUUUACUUUCUUAACCCAUAAUAUUCCCUCUCUCUCUCUCUCUCUCUCUCGCUCGAGUAAGUAAAUAUUCAAAGUGUAAAGGUUUCUAUGGGGAGUUUGGAUGUCGAGAGGAAAACAAGAGGAUUGGCAGCCACAGACCCUUCUGGAAUUCUCUCACCAUAUACAUACACUCUCAGGAGUACAGGCCCUGAAGAUGUAUUUGUCAAAGUGAUUUGCUGUGGGAUUUGCCAUACUGAUAUUCAUCAAGUCAAAAAUCAUCUUGGCAUGUCCAAUUAUCCCAUGGUUCCAGGUCAUGAGGUGGUCGGUGAGGUUGUUGAGGUGGGAUCUGGUGUGACCAAGUUCACGGCCGGAGAUAUAGUUGGAGUUGGCUGUAUCGUCGGAUGCUGCGGGAAUUGUCAACCGUGCAAAUCAGAAAUUGAGCAAUACUGCAACAAGAAGAUUUGGUCCUACAAUGAUGUCUAUACUGAUGGAAAACCCACUCAAGGGGGAUUUGCUGAUGCAAUGGUGGUUAAUCAAAACUUCAUGGUAAAAAUUCCAGACGGUAUGGAAGCAGAACAGGCGGCGCCGCUACUUUGCGCCGGGGUGACAGUAUACAGCCCAUUAAACCAUUUUGGGUUAAAAAAGAGUGGGCUAAGAGGGGGAAUUUUAGGGCUUGGAGGGGUUGGACAUAUGGGAGUCAAAAUUGCAAAGGCCAUGGGCCACCAUGUCACUGUGAUUAGCUCUUCAAUGAAGAAAAAAGAGGAGGCAUUGGACCAUCUUGGAGCGGAUGAUUACCUGGUCAGCUCGGACUCAACUCGGAUGCAAGAACUGGUUGACUCACUAGACUAUAUUAUUGACACAAUUCCAGUUUUUCAUCCUUUGGUGCCUUACCUUUCUCUGUUGAAAGUUGAUGGGAAGUUGAUAUUGAUGGGCGUUAUCAAUACUCCUUUGGAGUUUAUCACCCCCUUGGUUAUGCUCGGUCGGAAAAGUAUCACUGGGAGCUUUGUUGGUAGCAUGAAAGAGACAGAGGAAAUGCUUGAAUUCUGCAAGGAGAAGGGCAUUACUUCAACUAUUGAAGUUGUCAAAAUGGAUUAUAUCAACACUGCCUUGGAAAGGCUGGAAAAGAACGACGUAAGGUACAGGUUUGUGGUCGAUGUUGCCGGCUCCAAACUAGAUCAUUAAAAGCCUCAUCUACACCGGUCAUUGAAACGUGAUAUUCAACUUCAAAUUCGCUUUUCUUCAAGUUAUGAACUACAUAUACUAGUGCUAUAUCUUUCGGAUGCUCUUCAGCUUGAGAGUAAUAUGUUAUAUAUCCUCUUUGACGCCAAUGAUAUUUGGCUUUAUUUGUCACGUUUUAUGUUACAACGUGUUGCACCAAAACUAUUGAAAGUGUGAACAAUAAGUGACUCUAAAUACAAUGAAAUGAUGACAUUUUGCUAUAA